CCACCUGCACCCGAGCAUAUCAAUGCGUCGCUUCCGGCGUCGAUGCGGAAGUGACGCUGCGCCUGCUUCCGGGGCGCUGCGUCAGUCCGCCAUGAACAGCGUCGGCGAGGCCUGCACGGAGCUGAAGCGCGACUACGACCAGUGCUUCAACCGUUGGUUCGCCGAGAAGUUCCUGAAGGGGGAGGCCGGCGCCGAGGGAGACCCCUGCGUGCAGCUCUUCAAGCGCUACCAGCUCUGCGUCCAGAACGCUAUUAAGGAGAAGGACAUACCCAUUGAAGGCUUGGAAUUCAUGGGCUCCAGCAAAGAAAAGUCUGAGAACUCUUCAGAAAUCUGAUGACACCAGCAAGCCUCCCCCCUUACCAAGACUAUGAAACAGGCAAACUAUGAAAUAGGCAAACUAAAAUAAUACCGCUAAUGCGGGUGGGGAGAUACAGGGUGCUGCUUCCUUGCAAUGUUUGUCACAUCAAUCUAGUUACUGCUGCUUCAUUUCCAUUGUUGCUGGGAAACAUUUUAUCAUGAUUACCUAUGUACAGUCAUGUGAAAAAGUAAAUCCCCCUAUUGAAAUUUUUGAUUUGUUCAACCUACAGAUACUUGAACUUCCACAAUAUUGAUAAAGAGGACACAAUAUAAUACAUAUCAUGCACUAUUUAAAUUUUGUGGACUAUUGUAAAUUGAAAUAAAAAUAAUUGAAAUUUUGCAUGUAGUAAAA